GAUUCACAUCUCAGAGAAUGAUAAAUCAGGAAGGAAGUGACCGCCAUAAAUUCCUUCCCAAGAGAAUAAUUUUGGUGCGUCACGGCGAAAGCGAAGGAAAUCGAGACGGUUCAGCCUACUCCACAAUUCCCGAUCACAAGAUCGAACUUACCCAACAAGGCAUAGCACAAGCAAAACAUGCCGGAGCCCAGAUCCGCAGUGUAUUAUCCGAUUCCGAUGGUCUUCUCGACAAUUGGAAGGUCUACUUCUAUGUAUCACCCUACACACGAACACGUUCGACGCUCCGGGAGAUUGCAAGGUCGUUCCCGAGGAAGUGCGUGAAUGGGGUUAGAGAAGAAUGUAGAAUUAGGGAACAGGAUUUUGGGAAUUUUCAGGUUACCGAGAAGAUGAACGUUAUUAAGGAUACUAGACAGAAGUUUGGUAGAUUUUUCUAUCGAUUUCCUGAGGGCGAGUCUGCAGCGGACGUUUACGAUCGUGUUUCUAGUUUUCUGGAAUCUUUAUGGAGAGACAUAGACAUGAACCGGCUCCACCACGACCCUUCAAAGGACCUAAACCUCAUCAUAGUCUCACACGGGCUCGCAUCACGGGUCUUUUUGAUGAAGUGGUUCAAGUGGACGGUCGAGCAAUUCGAGUAUUUACACAACUUUAGCAACUGUGAGUUCCGAGUCAUGCAGUUAGGCAUGGGUGGUGAGUACAGCCUAGCCAUUUACCAUUCCGAUGAAGAGAUGCAGAAAUGGGGAAUGUCGCCGGAAAUGAUCACGGGGCAGAAAUGGCGGGCCCACACUACAACGGGCGCUUUAGAGAAAAUUCCAUGGUAUCUUGACGUUUUCUUGGAUCAUGUGACCGAUGAUGGCAAUGACAAGGAUAACAGUGUGGACAAGAAUGGUUCUUGAAAGUCGCUACAGCUUUAGCCAACAUGUAAGAAGAUGGUCAGAAUGUUUGUUGACAGUGUACUUGGCACUCAGUGGUGGUAUGCACCAUCUCCAUCUAGUCUUGAUAUACAUUCCCACAGCAAUUUUGGUGUCAAUUAUUCGUUUCUUGUAACGAUUGGUAUUAUACGUAUUUAAAUAAAAAUGUAUAUGUAUCGAUUAAAUGUUUAAAGUAUUGUUUACUAGAUGAAU